GAGAACAGGAGAGAGUUACAGGCGAGCUCAAGUGGAAAGUGGUCGGGGCUUCUGUGAUUGAGACAUGAGCCGAUGAAAAAAGACGAUCAGAGGAGAGAAGAGGCGAUUGGACGAGAUCAGAGGGAGUUAGUGGAGGUCGGACGAGAAGAGACAACCAGAUGACAUCGGAUGAAAUAACAACCAGAUGGCAUCGGAUGAAAUAACAACCAGAUGACAUCGGAUGAAAUAACAACCAGAUGACAUCGGAUGAAAUAAUCAGAUGAUAUCGGAUGAAAUACAGUCAAACGACAUCAAUGUUUAUGGAAAUCCACCAAACAACAUCGGAACUCCAUCAAACCACAUCGGACAAAACUACAUUCAGAUGAGAACAGACGGGUUGAAUCGUGGGCGAAGCACAAGCAUGGGCCUCGAAAGACCCAGGCAAGCACACAACACAUCAUCCCGUCUACCUACGCAUUCCCGAGAUGAAAGCCUACUUUCUACUGGCCUAUUUUUUCUCCCCUCAAUUCCGUUGCUGGCCGAGCACAUUUGCAUCCACCGCUGGUGCAGGCAGUCUGCUGAGAAAAGCGAGUGGCACCACCAACGGGCGGCGAAAAGCCGCAAACCAGAAUCCCGGGGUCUGCUCCAACGGCCGCAAGCCGCGUUUCCGUCGCUGCUCCAAUGCCAUAGGCCAUGGAGGGAAAAGGCGCCUUGGCCAAUAAAUCCAGGCCCCAGGCCCGGCGCGCGGGCCAGCCAAUGAAAACAGCGCACGGCGCGUCGUGCGCGGCGCAAUUCGGGCCGGCC